AUGAGAAUCCCUCAGAGACUACCGGCCAUCCUGGCCUUGACGGCCAGCAUCAUCAUUUUGUUGAGCUCAAUUCUGUGUCUUGCUUUUCAGAUGACGGCCUUCACCACGUACAUGGAAUAUACCGAUGGAGGCACCUUCUUGAUCUCAAAGUCAAUCCCCCGCUACGGGCCAUUCAGUUACUUCUACGAAUGCCCGCUACAUCUCAUGCCUGUUUUACGCCCACCGCUUGUUGUUGCUGGAAGCUUUGGCCUGGUAAUAGGACUAGCGAUAACCUGGAUGAUAGCCGCUUCCUCUAGCAGACAACGUCCGUGGCAGUUGUAUCAUGGUCAGCGAGUCGCACUCAUCACCGUCCUGGGUGCCAAUGCGCUUUUGGCGACAGCUUCCAUGAUCUACGUGUUGGUGCAGCACGGCCGCAGCUCCCACAUCGACCCUGGAUACAUCUUACCAGGAGUUCGAUCUGUAUAUGACAAGGAAUAUUUUAGCCUGGAGGAAUGGACGUGCGAGAUUCCCUAUUACCUCGAGGAAUUCGGGUCACUUAUCCUUGUACUGCAGUGUGUGGGCGAAAGGGUCAGCCGCAUCUCGAUAGCUGGCAUGUGCUUUUUCAGUCUGGCAUUGGCGGGAUUGCUGGUCUGGGAUCUCAAUAACACACAGGUUGCCGUGACAAGGCCGAAGACAAGGAACAGCUGGGAAGAUGAUGACUGGGCGUAA